AUGGCGCCCUCUGAGCCACUGCUCCCGGGGGACAUUGCGCCAGACCACAAAGACGCCGACCUCCCCGGCCAGCACGACGCACACACACAUCACAUCAACAACCACACCACAUCCUCUUCUUCCAGGCGCAGGUCGCAAUCCGUCGCAGCGGGGACAGGUGUAGCGAUAUCCGAUUUUGGGCGCCCACCAUCUCGGGCACCGUCUGUGGCUAUGACGACUGGGUCGAGGGCGACGACGACGACGGGUGGUGGUGGGAAGGGGGCGGGGAGUAUACGGGAGAAGCUUGGGCUGGGGGGUCUGGCGCGCCGCACGCUGGGGAUUGCUUUGCUGUUGAUUGUGGUGUUUUUGUGGACUUUGUCGAAUUUUUUGGCGAGUGAUAUCUUCUCCGACGGGACAUUCAGCAACCCCUUCUUCGUGGUCUACGUCAACACGGCGUGCCUCACAAUCUCCCUCAUCCCGCUCUCGAUACGCUACAUCGCGCAGCACGGUAUCAACGCGGCAAUGGCCGCCCUAUUAGAGGCAUGGAAAGGGCGGAAACCACACCCAACGCGGCCGCGGGACGGGCACAGUGACGACGACGACGACAACGACCACGACCACGACCACGACGGAGCAGCAGAACGCCUACUAGUCGACGACGAAGGCAGCCUGGAAGCGCUGGACCUGCUCCCGGCGAGCAGCAAAGAAGACAACCUCAGCCUAGGCGAGACGGCACGGCUAAGCCUCGAGUUCUCGAUGCUGUGGUUCGCAGCCAACUACUUCGCGUCGGCGUGCCUGGAGUACACCAGCGUGGGGAGCGUGACGAUCCUGACGUCGACCAGCAGUAUCUGGACGCUUAUCUUUUGCGCGCUGACGCGCAUUGAGGGGUUCACCAUGCGCAAGCUUGUGGGCGUGCUGGCGUCGCUGGUUGGGGUUGUGCUUAUUUCCUCGGUGGAUUUGUCCGGGGCGAAUGAUGAUAACCGGGGCAGUUUCCCGCAUAAGACGACGGCGCAGAUUGCGAUUGGGGACGCCAUGGCGUUUUUUAGCGCCAUUAUUUAUGGGGUGUACGUUACGGUUAUGAAGAGCAGGGUGGGGAAUGAGGAUAGGGUCAACAUGCCGUUGUUCUUUGGCCUGGUUGGCUUGUUCAACGUGCUGUUUCUGUGGCCGGGGUUUUUCUUGCUGCAUUAUACCGGCAUCGAGCCGUUUGAGCUGCCGCCCUCUGGGAGGGUCUGGAUGAUUAUCAUGAUCAACUCCGCCUCCUCCUUCUUCAGCGACAUCCUCUGGGCCUACGCCAUGCUACUCACCACCCCCUUGGUCGUCACCGUCGGCCUGUCCCUGACCAUCCCGCUGUCGUUGAUCGGCGAGAUGUUCCAGUACUCGCAGUACUCGAGCUGGCUGUACUGGGUCGGGGCGGGUGUGGUGUUCAUCUCGUUCUUGUUUGUCAACAAUGAGAGUCAUGAUGAUGAGGAUGGCGGGAAGGAGAGCGGGAGUGGGGAUGAGGGAGUGCGGGGUGGUGUGGAGAGGUCGGCUGUGUAG